CCACAGAAAACUUCUUUCAGUCGUUCACUUCCGAUCGUCGCCGUCGCCGUCGUUUUCUUCUCAAUUAUCACCGGCGAUUCUGUAACGACUAACAAAGAUGAGGCUGAUGCGCAUGUUUUCUUUAAUUUUAUCCGUCAAUCUGCUCAUUUACAAUACUUUUGCCGAUCAGAUCUUCGCUGCUCAAGCAGGCGGAUCCUUUGGUGGAAGCACUAGGGAACCGAAACACAAAAUUGAAUUCCAUACAGAUGAUUCGCCUUUUUAUCCAGAUGAGAACCAGGAAUCUGUGGUUAUGUCCAACAAAAAUGGGGAUAAGUUUGUAUGUUACUUACCUAAAGUAGAGAAGUCAAAGAGUGGAAAGCUGGUGAUCCAACAGAAUACAAGCGCCUUAGUUUUGGAAACCGAGAAAAGGGUUAAAAUGAAAACUCCCGAUGAGCUUCUUGAUCUACUGAAAGAAAUAUGCCUUAUCAGACAAGAGGGUUGGUGGACAUAUGAAUUUUGUUACCUUAAGAAGUUGCGCCAACUUCAUUUGGAGAACCAGAAGAUAGUUCAAGAAUUCAACUUGGGUGAGUAUGAUCCGGAGGCUACAGCUGCUUACAAUAGUAACCUAUCGGAUGUUUCCACAUUAAAAGAUCCUCGCUCAAAUGAUGCAUCACAAAGGUACCAUGCACAUCAAUACACAAAUGGAACCAUAUGCGAUCUUACAAAACAGCCACGAGAAACCGAGGUUAGAUUUGUUUGUUCCGAGCCUAGAUCUAUGUUCACUUCUAUCACAGAGUUGUCAACUUGCAAGUAUGCAAUCAUGAUACAAAGUCCAGUGCUCUGCAAGCACCCUUUGUUCCUGGAAGAGAGGCCUGUUUGGCACACCAUUGACUGUAAUCCUCUCUCGAAAGAUCAGAAGACGUCAAAACCGGAGGAUGAAGGUUCUCAGGAUGAGGAGAAAAUAACCAUGGUUACAGAUUCUGAGUACUCAUCUAGAUCGCAUUCGGGUGAAUAUGCAACAUAAUCAUGGAAGUAGACGCACAAGAUUGAUUUUCAUCUGGAGCCUACCAAAUUCAAUGAAUACUCUCGCGAGAUAGCAGAAUUUGGCGAUGGUUUGAGAAUUAAAUUGUUCGGAAAUCUGUAAUUAUUCUGACAUAUUUCGAAAGCUUUUCUAUGAAAUUUGAUGUAGCACAAAAUUUUAUCUGAUACAGUUAUUGGGAAGGAUGUAAGAAUAGACACCAAAGGGAUAAAUGGGAUAUCUUUAGCUAAGUAUUAAAUAUCUUGAACUAAAAGGAUUAUAAUAUUUGAGAUUUUGUUUCAAUUCUCAUUAAAACACCAUUUU